AUGGGUCGGGCAGCUCCCAACCGCCGUAGCAGGGAACCUGAGCUGCUUCCUAUGAGACUGCCCUGGACGAUGUGGAUGAAUAGCGAGAUCAAGAACCACUUUGUCGCUACAAUUGGAGAAUGGGCGGGCACUACCAUGUUCCUCUUCUUUGCCUUUGCUGGAACCCAGGUAGCCAACGCGAAAAGCAGGACUCCGGCUCAGGCAACUACUACCAAUGCGACGGCGGGCUUUGAUCCUAUCGUCAUGUUGUACGUGGCGGUAUCAUUUGGUUUCAGUCUCAUGGUCAAUGUUUGGAUCUUCUUCCGGAUAUCAGGUGGUCUCUUCAACCCAGCCGUAACUUUGGCGCUUUGGGCUACUCAGGCAAUUGACGCUUGGCGCGCUAUCUGUCUUUUCGUGGCCCAAAUUGUUGGCAGUAUCACCGCCUCUGCUUUAGUCCUGGCUAUCUUCCCGAGUCCGCUCAACGUCCGCACCACUCUUAGUGAUGGUACCUCUAUCGCGCAGGGUAUCUUCAUUGAGGCUUUUAUGACAGCCGAACUGGUGUUUACUAUCCUGAUGCUGGCAAAAGAAAAGCACAAGGCUACAUUCAUCGCGCCCGUUGGAAUCGGUCUGGCGUUGUUCGUCGCCGAGCUUGUUGGCGUGUACUACACCGGCGGUAGCUUGAACCCGGCCCGUAGCAUCGGACCUUGCAUUGUCGCCAACGUCUGGGACAAGCACCACUGGAUUUACUGGGUCGGACCCUUCCUUGGAGUUGUACUCGCCAUUGGCUUCUACAAGUUCAUCAAGAUUCUUGAGUAUGAGAUGGCCAACCCUGGCCAGGACGGCGAUGACGAGAAUGACCCGACCAAGAACCCGAACCACGAGAUCCGCGAGAAGCAGCGUGAGACGACAUCGCGUGUUCUCGCUUCGCUGGGCUUCGAUAACCUGGGCGUGAACCAAUACCCUGAUCCUGAGAUGGGUGGCAUGGACCGCGCCUCACAAAUGGGUGGAUACAAUCCUUCGAUAGCGCCAGGGUCCGUUAUGGGAGACGACGACAGAGGACACGGCAGUUAUCGGGCUCCUCCGGCGCUGUCGACUGUUGCUUCCAUGAGUGAGAUGGGUGCAGCAAACUCACGAUCGAACGAGAGAUACAUGCCGGCAAGGCCGUCCCCGAGGUUAUCCGAACAUUCAUCUUAG